UAAAAUAUCAGUGUACAUUAGUAAAUAUGCUCAUAUCAUACACACAACCAGCUUUGUCAGUGCUCUACUCUUCAAGCUCAAAGCUGAUAAAACAAAAAGAAAGCAGAGCUGAACAGAAAAGACAAUAUACAAAUCAGACAUAACAUUUUAUAUCUUUAUAACUUUAGACUAACAGCGAAUUACUUACAAGAAACAAUAGAAACAUUGCAAGAAAAUGGAGGAAAAUGCAUUCGAUACAAAGACAACAGAAGGAGAGCAAUUCAGCAUUUCAGGAAAACAACAAGAUGGAAUAGAAUCGGAACAAUUUGAACCCAGCUCCAAAGGACUCAGUGAGUAUGAAGAAGGAGCGGGCAAAUCAGAUGGUGAAGACAUCGGAGAAGAUGGAAGGACCACUGAGGAAGGAAAUCCCGAAGAAGGGGAUGAGUCGGAGAUUUCACCAGAAGCUUUGAAAGCCAAAGAGCGUGAGAGAAAGAAGAAGAAACGUGAACAGAUGCGAUUGGCACGUGAAAUGAUGGAUAGACAUUAUAAAACGCCAGAGCCAGAGCUACAACCUGAGCCAGAGGAAAUGAAAGAGACAAAGUCAAAAGAGCUGUCAGGUGAAGAAGAUGCUGAAGAAGGCGAGUUGGAAAGACAAGUUCAAAAUGUAAUUGAUACUUCGCAAACAUCUUUACAAGAAGAAGAUGAUUUGGUUCGAUUGAGGAGUUCUUUGGUAUUGUCCGAGACGGAAGAUAUUCGACCCGCAGUAUCAUCAUCAGAAGACGAAUCCGAUUAUACAAGAGGACCGAUGGGAGUCUCAUUUAAGUCUGACUUUUUGGAAUAUUUUAUGUUACCCAACUUAUCGGAUAUAACCAGCGAGUCAAGCGAGGAACAAUUGGCAAGUCUUCGUGCGACUAUCGAACAAACUAUACAUUCCGUAGAUUUGGAUAAAGGUAAAUUUGUAAAUCCACUGACAGGGGAAACGGAAACAUCGUCCUUGAAAGCGGAGGAGGAAGAUCAGAUAAAAAAAGGGGAGGAAGAAGCUGAAGAAGAAGAAUCGUCGUCAACAUCAAGCGAAUUUGAAUGGCCCUUCGAAGAUGAUGACGACCUUCUGGUAGUGCCGACUGAAAUGGAUGCCGAUACGGCUAUGGAAAUGUUCCUUGACAACAGUAUGUCGAUCCCACAUAUUAGGGAAGAAUCAACCACCGCAAUGGAACUGGAAAAAGCCGCUCGAGAUGUUCGUCAAAUCGUCUUCAAUUUCCUACAGAAUAUGAUCGAUGUUGCCGUAGACACUGCCGAGUAUGUUGAUCCCAUCAAGGAGCUACGUGGCAAGCUGGACAAACAGAAGCUGAUCGUUCAACUGCAGAAACUCUAUGGGCAAUACUUGGCUGCCAAAUUUUUCAAUUCGGAUGUGAAUAACAAAAUGUAUGAUUAUUAUCGUCGUGUGGGCCAAUUGCGUUGCUUUGACAUCCUGCCACCCAAAGUAGAGUUGGCGGAGUAUCAUCGCUAUAUGGAUGCCAUACGUCUGUUAGAUCAUUUGAAGAAGAAAACCGAUGAGACAAAGAAAUCGAAUAGCGCUCUUUUAUCCAGCGUCAAAUUGGAUCUUGAAUAUUGUCAUAAUAUGGCCCUGGUAUCGGUGCAAUCGCUGGAGACGUGCAUGCGGGAUAUCCUUGUGCGGAAGGACGACGAGUUUUUACCUCGCAUUGUGGAGAACGAGUUGCGUCGUAUGCAAAACAUGCGGAAUGAAGUUAGCGAUAGUCGCCUGUGGCUCAUUACCCGGCAGCAUACCCUAGGCAGUUUGCUCGAGCGCAAGCGAAAUUUUGAUCAAAUCACCGAAGAUUUGACAAUGGAUCAGUUUCUUGUGGCGCAACGCGAGGUUAUAGCUCUGGGGACAAAGGUCGAAGGUGAUUGCCACAUUCUAUUUUACACAUUUUCUUAUGAUGCAUGGUUCAGUAGAAACACUUGA